UGAAGGAAGGAGAGACCAGUAGUUGUGUUCACUUGGUAGCACAGCCAUGCUCCUCCACCGUGUUCUGGCUUCCGGACCGCCUUUUGUGUCAAUUGGGCUACAACCAAUCCACGUUGUGAAAAACGUGUAGAUAACAUAAUGUCUAUAACAGGUUCUCCAUCUCGGUUUAGAGCUUUGAACAACUCCGUGUCAUCUUCUAACAUCGGGACCUCAACUGCUUCUCCAUCUGCAACCACCGUUCCUCCUGAAAUUGAGUCCACCCUAACGAGGAUCAUUUCUACGAGGAAUGUACUUGGGGUAAUGGUGCUUUCCAAGGAAGGUGCCAUGAUCCGGCAUGCAGGCUCCGCUUUCGAGGGGGAAACCGGGAGAAACUAUGCUAUCGCUGUCAAGCGCAUCGUGGAUGCGUGCAGAGUUGGCCUGGAGGAACCACACAGAACCGCAGACGCUAUCGAUGAGGAGGCAGCGGCAGAAGUGGAUGAAGUCAGAUUCAUUCGGAUACGAACACGAAAACACGAGCUGAUGAUUUCACCAGGUGCAUAAUGAGUUAAGCAUAACAAAGAGGUCACUGAGGGAAGUAAAUGUAGCAAACUCCGUCAUAUUCUUCGUAUGGGAGUGCGCCAAACCGGCAUUGAAAUGGCUUUGUAUCAGUCAACAAAAUUGUAUAUUUCGCAUCCGUCGAGACUCCCCGCUUCAAACGAGAACGUCUGGUUUAGAAACACGCGUCUCCCUACCCCAAAU